AUUAAUUGGACUUCACUAGUGCGCGUUAGUGUGCCACCAGAGCCAGACUACUUCGGACGGACUUUUCUGUUUUUUUUUUGUAAGAUACAGAGAAUCGGCUAUAGUGAAGCACGUUGUGGUUUAUCUACCGAAGUUAUAGUUGAGUUGUGUAAACUAGGUUCAAUUGAGUGCAAUCAGUGGAUUCUAAGAUGGCUGCGGUCACGGAAGUCGGUGGAAUCAAGCUGGGUAAGCUGUUGAUCGAGGGUAAGACCAAGCAGGUAUACGACGUGCCUUCGCUGCCGGGUCACUCGAUCUUGCUGAACAAGGAUCGUAUUACGGCGCACAAUGGCGUUCGGGCGCAUGACCUCGAAGGAAAGGCCCAGAUCUCCAACCAGACCAACGCCAAGGUGUUCGGGCUAUUGAACCAGGUCGGCCUGAAGACGGCUUUCGUUCGGAUGGUUUCGGACAAUGCUUUCUUGGCGCGCAAGUGCGAGAUGGUGCCGAUUGAAUGGGUCACCAGAAGACUGGCCACCGGAUCGUACCUGAAGAGAAACCCCGGCGUGAAGGAAGGAUUCCGAUUCUCGCCACCGAAGCAGGAAACUUUCUACAAGGACGAUGCCAACGAUGACCCGCAGUGGAGCGAAGAGCAGAUUGUCUCCGCCGGUUUCAAGGUCAAUGGAGUGUUGAUCGGUCAAGACGAGGUGGACAUCAUGCGCCAGACAACCAUUCUGGUGUUCGAAGUCCUCGAACGUGCCUGGGCCACCCGUAACUGCGCCCUGAUCGACAUGAAGAUCGAGUUUGGAGUGGACGCCGACGGCCAACUGCUGGUGGCGGACGUCAUCGAUUCCGACUCGUGGCGUCUGUGGCCAUCGGGCGACAAGCGCCUGAUGGUUGACAAACAGGUCUACCGCAACCUGGCUUCGGUUACCGCCUCCGAUCUGGACACCGUCAAGCGUAACUUCCUGUGGGUCAGCGAGCAGUUGGAUAACCUGCAGCCGAAGAACGACCAUCUCGUGGUGGUGCUGAUGGGCAGCCCCUCGGACAAGGAUCACUGCGAGAAGAUCGCCAAGCAUUGCCGCGAGCUGGGAUUGAACGUGGAGUUGCGGGUGACCUCGGCGCACAAGGGAACCAAGACGACACUGCACAUCGUGAACGAGUACGAGAGCGUCCUGAGCAACCUGGUGUUCAUCACGGUGGCCGGUCGCUCCAACGGCCUUGGACCGGUCCUGUCCGGUAACACCAACUAUCCGGUGAUCAACUGCCCACCGGUGAAGCCCGAGAACGUCAGCUUGGAUGUGUGGUCCAGCUUGAACCUGCCGUCGGGACUGGGAUGUGCCACGGUACUGUACCCGGAAGCGGCAGCCUUGAACGCGGCGCAGAUUCUCGGGCUGAACAACUUCCUGAUCUGGUCCAAGCUGCGCGUCAAGCAGCUGGCCAACUUCACCAGUCUGAUCUACGCCGACAAGGGCUUCCGCGGGGUCAGGAAGGAGUAGAGUUGUAUGACAGUUGUGUAAGGAUGUUAUUUUGUAAGGUUUCGAUUUGAUUAAGCUAUAAGACAUUUAUAUAUUUGUUAGCAGAUGAAGAGUACAAUAAAAUCUUUUUUUAUAACAA